AUGCCUCCGAAGAAGAGACAGUCGGACGUUGUGCGUCGCAAAUCGCGACAGAGCGAUGUCCAACCUGGCGAUCCGAUCCCCAAUCGAGGCAAGCGACGCUACAGACCAGGGACGGUUGCUCUUAGGGAGAUUCGGAGAUACCAAAAUGGCACCGACCUUCUGCUGCGACGUCUUCCCUUCUCACGUCUAGUUCGUGAAAUUGCCGAGUCGGUAAGGCCUCGAGGCGAAGCUAUGCGAUGGCAGUCACAAGCAAUACAAGCACUGCAAGAAGCUGCCGAGGCUUUCUUGGUUCACCUUUUCGAAGAUACAAAUCUCUGUGCAAUCCAUGCUAAGAGGGUGACCAUCAUGCAAAAGGAUAUCCAGCUUGCAAGGCGCAUUCGCGGCGUAUGGGGUGGCCUCGGCUGA